AUGAUGGGGGAAAUGGGUUCCUGUUCAGAAGAGGUCGAUGGAUCAGCGGUCUCACGCUGCAAACGAGGCAAGGGAACACUAGGCACUGUAACCACACCAGCCGGAGAACCCGCGAUUUCAGCAAAAGCAGCCCUCGGAUGGCGUCGAUUAUCGAGGCUGGUGCGAAUAACGCCGGCACCUUCCGGAACCGGAGUUGAAAUGGUAGAUCCGCACCCGAAUCGGGAUUGGCCAACAAUCACACGUUCGGACCCAAUGCGAGUCCCCGGAAUCACAGAACGACCAGAUCCACCACCUCCGGAAGUUGAAGCCAGUGACUGA